AUGAGUGAUAUAAAAGAAGAAGAAGCUGCUAUACCGAAGGCAACUGAUGCAGCAUCUGGUAACAUAAAAGCCAUUGCAAAGGAUACAGUGGUGCUAAGCUUGGCAGUGGCAAUUAAGGAGCUGGUGGAGAACUCUAUAGAUGCUGGCGCUACGCUGGUGGAGAUAAAGCUGCGUGACCAGGGACUGCAGGGCCUGGAAGUCUCAGACAAUGGCAGCGGUGUAGAGGAGGCCAAUCUGGAAGGCAUGACGGCCAAGUAUCACACUUCCAAGAUACGUGAAUUUGUGGACCUGCUAGGCGUAGAGACGUUUGGUUUUCGUGGCGAAGCUUUGAGCUCACUUUGUGCCUUGACAGAUAUGUGCAUACAAACGCGUCACGCAUCCACCGAUGUGGCGCUUAAGGUUGAGCUUGAUCAUGACGGCAAAAUCAAGAAGCGUUCGCCUUGUGCACGCGGCGUGGGCACGACAGUAACACUCAACAAUCUCUUUGUGACGCUGCCCGUACGACGACGUGACUUUACGCGCAAUAUCAAAAAGGAAUUCAACAAGAUGUGUCAGAUAUUGCAGGCAUAUUGUCUGGUGACCAAAGGUGUGCGCAUUAUAUGCAGCAAUCAAACGCCCAAAGGCGCCAAGACUGUGGUCAUGCAGACACAUGGCGCACAGGAUGUGCUGGCAAACAUAACAUCAGUAUUUGGCACGCGGCAAGCCGCGGAUUUGGUGCCUUUGAAGUCGCCUUUUGAGCAGGGAGCGCUAAAUGAGACUGGUCUGCGUGCUGAGCUGGAAUCCGCAAGCGAUGUGGCUGAAACUACUUGCACGCAGUUCAACGCUGAGGAUAUAGAGCAGCUUAAUCAAGCAGACUUUCAGCUGGAGGGCUAUAUAUCCAGCUGUCGUCAUGGCGCAGGCAGAUCCUCUAAAGAUAGACAGUAUUUCUAUAUAAAUGCACGUCCCUGCGAGCCCAAAAAUAUAGCCAAAGUAAUGAACGAUCUUUACCAUCGCUACAAUGUGCAACAGCAGCCAUUUAUUUAUUUAAAUGUUGUUACUGCACGCGCUGAUGUGGAUGUGAAUCUAACGCCGGACAAGCGUCAGCUGCUGCUUAAUAAUGAGAAAAUACUGUUGCUGGCUUUAAAGAAAUCUUUGUUAAACACCUUCGGCGCACUGCCAUCAACAUUCCAAAUGCAAAACGUGAGCAUAGUCAGCAUGCUGGAACCUAAGCCCAAAAUUAAAGAGGAGACAGUGAAUGAAAGUGCCAAAGAAGAUGAGAUUGAUGUGCCCAUUAGCUCUUCGCAGGGUUUUAUGGAUGUGCUUAGUCAAUGGCGACGCACAGGCGAUACUAAGGGUGUGGCGCCACCAGCGCCAGCCAAGCGACCAUGCGAGGAAACUGCAGAGAUUACAGCACGUGCUAUGAAAAUGCAAAAGAUACAAGACUUUCUAACACAAGAGGCUCCCAAGCCACGUCAACUGUUGUCUGAUGAGGAAGAUGAAGAGCUGCAAGAUGCGCUUAAGUUGGAUAAGGUAAAGACUAGCUUAGACACAAGUAUAGUUAGCCUCAAGCAGCUGCAACAGGAAUCAGCGGCCUACGAUGAAUUGAUGAAGCCUGCCAAAGAUACGGCUCAGUUGGAAAGGCAAGAGUCUAGCUUGAACACAAGUGAGCAGCAGGAGUCAGAGGCCUACGACGAACUGCUGAAGCCCGCCAAAGCAACGCGCAUUGAUUGCAAAACACAAACGCCCAUUAAAACAUUAAAGAUUAGCAAAGUAGCGCCAGCUGCAUUGGAGCAACAAGCACAAACUAAGCAGGAAUUUGAGCUUAGCAGUUCACAAACCACCACAGAGUUUAGUGAUGAUGAAAUUGAAAUGCCCACGCAUAUAGAACUCGAUGGUGAUAGUGAUAACGAAGCUGCGCCUGCUAGUGUUGCCAGCGGUGAACUACGCACAAGUCUGGCGGAGAUUAGACAGCAGUUACAAGCAGUUGAGCAGCAGCAGCAGCAGCGCAAGCAGCGUGCCAAGCUGCAGCGCCUGCGCUUCAAAAGUGAAAUUAAUCCGCAGCAAAACCAAAACGCUGAAGCUGAGCUCGAGAAGGAAAUAGGCAAAGCGGACUUUGCACGCAUGCAGAUCGUAGGACAAUUUAAUCUUGGUUUUAUUAUUGUCAAACUGGAUGAUGAUCUUUUUAUAGUGGAUCAGCAUGCAGCGGAUGAAAAGUUUAACUUUGAAACGCUGCAGCGCACAACGCAGUUGGAGCAUCAGCGUCUAACGCGGCCACAGCCGCUGGAGCUGACGGCAGUGAAUGAAAUGAUAUUGCUGGAUAAUCUGCAGGUGUUUGAGAAAAAUGGUUUUAAGUUUGAAAUUGAUGAAACAGCGCCUGCUACAAAGAAAGUGCGACUGCUGGGCAAGCCGUACAGCAAGAACUGGGAGUUUGGCAAAGAGGAUAUUGAUGAGCUUAUAUUUAUGCUGCAGGAUGCGCCCGAGGGCAGCAUUUGUCGUCCAUCGAGAAUACGCAACAUGUUUGCCUCGCGCGCAUGUCGAAAAUCUGUUAUGGUGGGCAAACCUUUGAGUAGAAACACUACAAUGCGCAGACUUAUAACACAAAUGGGUGAAAUUGAACAGCCUUGGAAUUGCCCGCAUGGCAGGCCCACCAUGCGUCAUCUAAUCAAUAUCACGAUGCUUAUGGAUGCGGAGCAAGAUGCUGGCCAUUAAAUUGCGGUAGCAGCCAAUAAAA